AUGCUGAAUAUACAACACUACGGAAGUAGUUCGGAAGACGAAGAAACUGAUCCCGAAAGUUUACAACAACAUAGCAAUGAAAAGUUAUUGACUCAUUUGAAACCUGUCGAUUCCAAUUUAUCUCUCGCUAAGAAAAUGCAAAUAUGUGCUGCUCCUGUAGUUAUGCCCACAAAUAAUGACGACAGCAGGGUACUUAUACAAAAAAACCAGGAAUUAACGCAUAAUCCAAAGUAUGAAGAACUGUUUGCUCCUGAAUAUGGUCCAGAAAAUCCUUUUCAAACACAACAAAUGAGAGCAAAUAAGAACAUUUUAUCAGGUUAUGUUGAAAAGGCACACAUUAGUGAAUUUCAGUUUGAAAACCAACGGAGAACAUUUACAAGCUAUGGAUAUGCAGUGGAUCCAUCUACUGAGCCCUCAACAGAUAGUGGUAAAGGUGAUGGAAUUGUUGUGUCUGAAACUGUUGCACCUCCAGAAGAGGCUGAAGGAAAAUCAGUGUUUGAAACAAUUAAGAAGAAAGAUAAAAAGAAAAGGAAUAAAAAUGAUGAUCCUGCAGACAUAGUGGGAUUUCUAGGCCCUUGGGGAGGUUAUGUUGGUGAGAAAAGAAUAAUGAAACCAGAAGGCGAAGAGGCCAAAGAACUAGAAGAAAUUGUAGCAAAGAGGCAAAAGAAAGGCAAAGUUGAUGAUGAUAAACCAUUGGAGGAGAAAUCUAUAUUCCAUAUUGACAAAGCUACAGACUACCAAGGCAGGUCGUGGUUGGAGGUUCCUCGCAGUGAAACACAGUUACGUAGUGAUACCCCUCCGGCCAAAUGCUUCUUGCCCAAGUCACACAUAUUCACAUGGAAAGGUCACACAAAGGGCGUGGCAGCUGUGCGAUGGUUUCCCAAUACGGCACAUCUCAUGCUGUCCGCUGGGAUGGAUUGCAGGGUCAAGAUAUGGGAGGUGUACGGGGAUCGUCGGUGCGUUCGCACGUAUUUCGGCCAUCGACAAGCCGUCAGGGACGUCAACUUUAACAACGCGGGAAGUCAUUUCGUCUCUGCUGCGUACGACCGAUAUAUUAAACUAUGGGACAGCGAGACGGGCGCGUGUGUGUCCCGGUUUACGUCACGCAAAGUGCCCUACUGUGCCAAAUUCCAUCCCGAUGAAGAUAAACAGCAUCUCUUCGUGGCUGGUACUUCGGAUAAGAAGAUUAUAUGUUGGGACACAAGAAGUGGGGAAAUCGUCCAAGAGUACGACAGGCAUUUGGGCGCGGUCAACACCAUCACCUUCGUGGAUGAGAACCGACGCUUCGUCACCACCUCUGAUGACAAGAGUCUUAGGGUUUGGGAGUGGGACAUCCCAGUAGACAUGAAGUACAUAGCAGACCCCACCAUGCACUCGCUGCCGGCGGUGACAGUCUCGCCCAAUGGCAAAUGGCUGGCCUGUCAGUCCAUGGACAAUAAAGUGAUCGUCUUCAGCGCCUUGAACAGAUUCAAAAUGAACCGGAAGAAGACGUUCACGGGUCACAUGGUCGCCGGAUAUGCCUGUUCUGUGGAUUUCUCGCCGGAUAUGAGGUAUAAAAAGUCCGAUUCGAUUAUGUUCUUGAUAUGUUUUGUAUCUUGA